GUUUACAGUUCAAACGAUCUCACCUCACCGGGGACAUUCAGUCGAAAGCCGUUCAACAGACAGUCACACAAGAUGUAUUCGAAAGCGAUCGUUCUUGCCGGGUUCGUUCUCUGUCUUGUCGCAGCGGCACCGCCGAGGAAAGCGGUCCGUGCAUCGCCCGGCGGUGGCCCAGACAGUGAAGCCAUCGUGAUCCAGCAGGACCAGAUCAUCAACGACGACGGUUCGUACAACUACGUGUUUGAAACGAGCAACGGCAUUCGGGCGCAGGCGAGCAGCUCGGACGGUAUCCGUACAUCCGGGGACUUCUCUUACCCCGCUCCGGACGGUUCCAACAUUGCGCUUGUCUACGUGGCGGAUGACUAUGGUUUCCAGCCGCAGGGAGCUCAUCUGCCCGUGGAACCCCCAGCACCGGAGCACGUCAUCAAGCAGCUCGAGGACAUUCGUGCCAACCCGCCGAACGAUCCGGACUUUGAUGCUGCCUUCCUGGAUUCGGAAAUUGCCAGACUGCGGGCGACCCAGGGCUGAGCAGUAGCUCCAACAGGAACGCAUUAGUUAGUUAGUGAAAUCAACAUACUGUCGAAGUAGUGAAAUUUUACACAUUUUAAUAAAAAAAGUGAUUGUGUCAAAGUACAA